AUGGAUUCACCAUUUUUCAGUGAUAUGCUAAAAUAUUCAAAUAACCAGGCGAAGAUUAUAGAAGAGCUGCUAAAAAAUGAUGACCAAUCAAUGAAAAGCCAAUUAACUAAAGCUCUUGAAGCAAGCUUGCAAAGAGAAGGCGAGCUUAAAAAUCAAUGUGACCAACUUUUAGAGACCUUGAAAAAUCUGAUUCCUGACUCUCUCAUCCUUGAUCGAACAAUUUUAAUGAAAAUUAAACCCUUUUCUUUGAUAGAAUAAUUUUAAUAGAUUCAAGCAUGAAGUCUCUCCCUAUUUCGCAUUCAGAUCUACUCCCUAUAUUUGAUAAGGAUAAAUCUUAAUAACCUUUUAUUCAAAUUUAAUAUAUUUCAUAUCGCUUACACAUAAAUUUUUAUAUUAAAAAAUUAACUCCAUCCUUGAUCAAUAAUAUCGAUUGGUUCGAUCAAAGAUAGAGGAGUGAGGAAACUCGUGAAAAACAAACCCCUAUAAGGCCAAAAUACUCAAAAUCCAGCCCAUCAAGAAGUGUUAAAUCACCAAGCCCAUCAAGAAAACUUGCCAAUGAAUUUUUAGGUACCUCUGAGUCAGAAAUCCUUUAUAGCAGAUUAGUAUCAGGAGACCUAGAAAAUGGCUCUAAGCUCUGGAAAAAGCUUGGCUACGAAAAAUUCUCCACAACAGACUUUGAAAAUAACUAUUUAAUCCUCCAAGAAGUCGUCAAGCAGCGAGACAUCAAAAUCGCCAAAUUAGAAGCUGAUUUAAGGAUAAAAAACAAACAAAAAAAUAAUUCAGAAAUUCUCGCUGAGCUCGAACAAAAAGAUAACGAAAUAGAGCUGCUUAAGAAUACGCUAUUAAGCAAAGAUAAUGGAGACGGAAAUAUUUUGGAAAAAUACGAACAAGAUGUGCUGGAAAAAGAAACAGAAAUAAGGGAAUUGCUAUUGGAAUAUGAAAAACUGCAGAUAAGCUUUGAUAAUUUAAGGAUGGAAAAAAUGCAGACUGAUAAUGAAAUUAUAAGUCUGAGAGAAAAAGUUGCCCAAAAAUCGCAUGAGCUAAGGACUGUUUAUGAGCCUCUUGCAGUUGAUGAUAAAGAGUCACUGUUUAGGUCAAGUGGCUUGAAAUUUAACCCAGACCAAGAAUUUGAGCCUAUAAAGCAAGCUUAUUCUGAAGCUGUAGCCUACGCAAGCUAUUUGGAAUCUCAGCUUAAAAUUCUCAAAAGAUCCAAAAGUGAUAUUUUUGACUUAAAAAAUGAAAUAGAAAAUAUUUUUAAAGGAAAAAGCUUAAAUGAUGAAGAAACUGACAGAGUUUAUAGCAAAAUCAAUGAAAUCCUUCAGUCAAAAAUAAUUGAACAAAUAGACAGUAUAAACCCAUCAAUUGUGCAGUCAAUGAAAUUAAAUGUGGAAAAAAUAGAAAGUGAAAAACUAAAUAAAGAAGCUGAAAUUAUAGUACUGAAUUCUGAGAUAAAUAGACUGAAAUCAUUUUUGGAGGUUGAAAACGCUAUUGAGCUUGAUAUAAAGCAGAAAAUAAAAGACAAAUCAAGCAUUGAGCAGUGGAAGAAGAUUAAAAGAGAGCAUGUCAAUCGUGUAGAAAAAGUAUAUAAAACUGAAAUUGAAGAACUUCAAAGCUUCAUAAAGCAGCUUCAAGAAGAAAUUUCAGGAUACUUAAAAGACAUCACAAAUCUCAAAGAAAAGCAUGGAAAUGACGUGCAGGAUCUCACAAAUAAGCUUAAAAGAGAACAUGAUACCAAAAAGCAGCUCGCUGAACUUUUUGCAAAAGAAAAAUUUUCCCAUGAAAAAUCCAAAGAAAUGCUAAGCUCCAAAGUUUCUUUUGACACAGAAAAAUUAGCUGCCCAGCUAAAAGAUGCCCAAAAUGCUUUAGAAAGCAGCAAUAAAAAAAUAUUUCAGCUUGAAAAAGAAAUUGAGUCCAAUAUAAAAAUUAUUCAAAAUCACGAAAAGCUAGAAAUAGAUUUAAAUAAUAAAAUAGCUGAGGUAGAAAACUCCAAACAAAAAUUAUAUACAGAAUUGACAAGGCUAAAUAAAAAAAUCCAAGAAAUUGAAUUAGAAAAAAAUAAAGAAAUCCAAAACUUAAAAGAUGAAGUUACUGAGUAUGAAGACGUUAUGAAUAAAAAUAAACAAGAAAUUUUAGAAAAAAAUGAAAAAAUGGCUGAGCUUGAAAGGGAAAAUAAUACCAUGCAACGGGAAAUUUAUGAUCAGGACUAUAGAAUAAAAACAAAAGAUAACGUUGAAGAAAAAAUAAAAAAAUACCAAAGGGAAAUAAAAGAGCUUAAAGAGCAAGCCAAAAUAAACGAAGCUGAGCUCCAAGAUAAAAAACGAAUGGAAUCUGAUGUAAAAAUCCUCCAAAACAAUAUCAAAUUAUACGAAGAGUCCACAAAGCAGCUAAAACAAGAAAUCAAAAGAAUUUCAGCUGAUCUCCAAGAUGCCCAAAAUGAUUUAGUCGCCUCAAAACGUAUUCAGGAGUCAGAGCUCCAACGAAAAUCAUUAAACGAGCAAUUCCAAAUGUCAGAAGCUUCAAAAUUCAAAGAUCUGCAAAAUCGUUAUAUGUCUUUAUCCCAAGAAUUUUCUGCAUUAAAGCGGCAAUUAGCAGAAGCAAUGGAAGAAAGAAAUUCUUUAUACGCUCAAAUCAUUACAUUACAUUAGAAUUUAUAUCGCUUAACGUCCACUACGGGGUUACAACUCCAGGUUUAUCACUCGCCUUUCGUCGCAUCGGGCCCACCAGUCUGCUGGAGACAAACUCGCUUUGAUCACCAGGGUGCUUCCAGGGCAAAUGUCCACGUCUUCGACGGCUCAUGGAUGAGCUACUUGCUUGUUACAUGGGUUGCUUUUCCGAAAAACCCAAAAAAUGGAUUUUUCUGGUCGGCUAUCGGCAAAAAGGAAAAAUGCAAAGCUGGGACGUAACGCCCAGUUUCACGCUAGGGAGUUGCCCGAAUGGUCCAGAGGACUUUGCUGGCUUCCCCUUUCCAACCUUGCACCCUCCUUCCCCACGAGGAAAAAUCCACCCCUGAGAAUAGACUUGGGCUAGGCUCUGAAAGCUACCAGAAUUGCUUACCUAGCAUUGCUGUCCAUCUCUGAAAUGGUAAAACCUUGCCGGAUAUAAUUAAAAUAUGAGUCGAGGCUGCAUGGCCGGGAGGCCAUGCCCAGACGAAGACGCCAUAUUUUAAUUAUUUAUACGCUCAAAUCACCGAUUUAAUACAACAAAGCAAAACAAUUUCUCAAAAAAAUUCUGAGCUUGAAGAAAAUUUAGACGAAAAAAACAAAGAAAAUGGAAAAAUUAGCAAAAAAUGUGAAAAAGAGGUAAAAGGACUGAUGGAUGAAAUUAAUAAUAAAGAAAAAAUUAUACACAGCUUGCAGAUUAAAAUUCAAAAAAUAGAAAAACAGAAUGAGGAUAGCAGGAUUAUUGAAAAAUUAAAUGAAAAGGUAGAAGAAAUAGAGAAAAAAUAUGAUCAAGCUGAAGAAUCACAAAGGAAAAUGCUUGAAGACGUUAAAAUGAAAUAUAUUGACUGGUGCAAGUUCACUUCAUCAACAGCAAUCCAGCGAAUUUCGCCUUCACAAUAUCGCUCUUCAGACCCAGUUAAAGAAACCUCAAAAUUUAUCGACGCAUUUUAUAAUGAAGCCAAAACUUUAUUUUCCCAAGAUUUUCGAUCCCCACCUAUAGAAGCCCAAGACCAGCCACUUUCAGUAUCCCCAAGCGACUUUACAUCCUUUAUUGAUUACACCCAAGAAACAAACCAAGAUUUUAUAGAAAAAGCUAACAUUUUACUAUCAAGAUUAGAAGUUUUGCCAGAAAACAAAGCAAAAGCCCAAGCUAUAAAGCUACUCCAAGAAAAUAUCAGUCUAAAGCAAGAGCUUUUGGAUAGACAAAACAAAGGAGCGAAAGACGAAGAAACAUUUAAAAAAUUAAAAGACAUUAAAGGGAUAAAUGACUGGGCUCUACAAAAGUGGCAAGAUUCAGAAAGAGACGUCAUCCGGCUCAGAGCUCAAUUAUUAGAAGCUACAAAAGACUUGGAAAAUAAAAUUCAUGAGCAAAACGAAUUUAAUAAAGUUUUAGACAAGGCGAAAGAAAAAAUUGAAAAAUUAGAAAAAUCGUUGAAAAAUAUGAAGGAUAAAGAAGGAGGGGAUUUGAGCAGCGAAACCGAUACAUUGAGAAGAACUUUAAGAGAGCUGACAAGAGAAAAAAAUGAAUUAAACAAGAGUCUUCAGCAAGAAUGGCUAAAAUGGAAAUCUAGCUUAAUUGAUUUAUUAGAAAAAAUCUCAUUGGUUAUCCCUAUCAAAAAAGAUGCCUCAAUAGACGAAAAUUCCCCUGAUUCUAUCGCCCAAGCUAUCUUGUCCUCUAUUAAUGCUUAUAAAAAUGACCACACAACAGGAGCCAAAGUUUGGCCAGAAAAAGAAGAAGAAUAUCUAAAUUCUAUACAUUCCUUUGUGGUUGAAAAAAAGGGCAUGCUUAAGUCCUUAGACGAGUCUGAAAAAGAAAUUAUUAUGCUGAAAAAACAAAUAGAAUCAUUGAAAAUAUCAAUGAAAGGUUUGCAGGAUGAAAAUUCUUUGCUAAAAGACAGGCUUAAAAAAGCUGAAGAAUCAGGAAAUAGCAAAGAAAAAGCCCUUAAUGAUAGCUACCAGAGAGGAAUUCAAUAUGGGAUAAGCGAAGGUCGACAGAUAGAGCGCAAUGAACUUGAAGCAGAAAAUAAGCAUUUGCAAGCGUUAAUUAAGGAAUAUAAAGAAAGUAAAGAAAUGCUACAAAAUAAGCUGCAGGAUCAAUAUCAUAGGAUUGAUGAAGAUAGGUCUUAUCUUGAUCAAGAUGAAAUUAUUAAAGCGUUUUAUGAAGAAAAAGAUUUAAGAGAAGACUUGGAGCGAGAAUUGAAUCAGAAGUGUGAUUUAAUUGAAAGCCUUUUGAAGGAUUUAGAAAGUAAAAGAAGAUAUAUGCAGAAUCGAGAGUAUGAGUAUCAGGAGCUGCUGACGCUUAAGGAUGAAGAGCUUUUGAGACUGAGGUAUCAAUUAGCUCAAGAUAUAUCGGGUAAAAAGUCUGAUAAGUCUUUAGAUAUUUAA